GACAUCAUUUCCGUUCGUAAGACUGCCCCGCCCUUACUUUAGCUGUAACCUUAAUCCUCAAGCGAUUUGGCGAAAUUUCAUUUCUUACGACUAAAAAUUUAUGGAUUAAGUCGAACGCAAUGUGAUAAUCAAUCAGAAGUGAGACGAACAAGUACGCACAUGUAAAAAUAUGGUGCUUUAUUGACGGGUUUGCACAAUGGAUCCGAACGUAGAUAUUGAUUUCAGUGAAGUACCACAGGAAAAUAUCGAUGAUGAGAUUCUAAUUUGUAUUGUGAAAGAGAAUCCAGUGCUAUAUGUAAAAACAUUAAAAGAUUACAAAAAUAAGGACCUAAAACGUGAUAUAUGGAAAAGUAUUGGGAAAACGCUUGACUGUACAGGUGACCAAGCAGAGGGACGUUGGAAUACUCUUCGCAAUAUAUUCACGAAGAAGUUACGAGAAAUGAAGAUAGGUCAACCUAGUGGUUCUGGGUAUAAAAAGAUGAAAAUGUGGGUCUACUUCAAACAAAUGUCUUUCUUGGCACCGCACAUUGCACAUAGAAUGUCACGCAGCUCUGUGGCAGAUUCUCAGCAAGAAAAAACUAUGACAUCGCAAAGUAUUCUGAAGUCCUCUCUAUUCACUGAAGAAUCUACAGUGAAGACAAUGUCGAGUCCAUUACCAUCAAAUAAUAUAUUGAAUUCCGAAAAUAUGCUGACAUGCUCUGACGAUAACAUUAACAAUAUUUUAUCUGAUAACACAUCAGUUAGUACCUCAGAUCAGCAAUCUCCUGUUACCGUACAAGAUUGUGAGGGCAAUGUAUUAGAGUGUGUAAAUAAUAGAAUGCAACAGAAUAAAGCUGCAGACAUUGUUACCGAGGCUGUGAACAACUCAAUCCGGAAGAAGAAAGUGGUACCAGCUCCAGAUCGAUUUGCAGCGAAAAGACAAAAAGGAAUGGAAACAAUGGAAAAUGUACUAUCCCAGUCUUCUCAUGCCUUAAAUGUUGUUGCAACGGCAUACAUGCAUCGUGCUGCUGCUGCUCAGAGUGUUUUCUUCUCGCCAAGAGCCAGGAAUGACAUUGCCAUUGUCAUCAAAAUAGUCAACAUAACCAGAUGGACAGUAUGA